AUGAUUCUCGAAUUGAUUGCUCCACUGGAAAACAACACUGUACCAGUGUGUAUUUCGGGCUGCGCCCGUAACUGGGAACGUGUCGGUGGGUUUUCGGUUUACGGAGUGAACGGACCAGGACGAUUGGUUAGUGGACGGUUCAGACCAAUUGAGUGCUCGGCUUCGUCUCCAUUCUCAUGUGCUGAGGCUUCGAACAAAGCGUAUCAAGGACUAUGUCAGGGAGAUUACGGUGGAAGUGCCAUCGCUAACAUAGAUCAACGUUACGUCAUGCUUGGAUUCUAUGCCGGCGAUAACGAAGAAUGCCAAGGAAACACAGAAAAUAUGGAUCCAUUCAAAUUCGUCAACCUUGGACACUAUCGUCAAGAAAUCUGUGAGACCACUGGAGUUUGUGUGCCACCAUGUGAAGUGGACGUCACUCCAGGACCACAAAGCCCCAUCGACUACCGUCGAGGAGCCUACACCACGACUGCUGAGGAAGAGCCUACACUUGAAGUUCUUUCUACUGAUCCUCAGGUACCAUAUGAAAAACCCGGUACACUCAAAAACACAACUGCUGGAGAGGAAAUCAAAGCCGAGACUUUUGCUCCGUUGAUCGUUUCAAACAGUUCUACGGAAGGAGACGUCACCAACGCUGAAAUAUUUGAUCCAACGAGAAUUGGCUUUGAUGGAGAAGUCAUCAAGGCGGAGACGUUCGAGCCCAUGGAGAUUGAUCAUCGUGGAUCAACCAGAGCCGACCGCAUCCGAGACAUCCAUAUUCAUAUUCAUUUGAACAAGUGA